AUGGAGUUGCUUUGGAGUGGCGUAUCCUUGGACGUCCUUUUGCUCGUCCUGGCACUGGCGGCCUUCGUCGCGGGGCUCGUGGCAAUCUUUCGCGAGGACGCAGCUCCGGAAGUUGUUGAAGAUGCCAAGUCGGAGAGUGUGUCCCAGUCGGAGAGCACCCCCAAGGCGCGUGAAGACCUGCCGGAGCCAGAGCCGGAGGGAGAAGAGGAGAGAUGCCUCGAGGCCACCUUGGAGCGGCUGCCCGGCGAGGCUUGGGGCCUCGCCUGGAACAAGGUCGCCUACGCGCAGCAGAGGCUGUUGGUCGCCGCGGUGGAUCCCAACUCCCCUGCCGGAAGGUGGCAGCAGGAGCGCAAGGCACAAGGCCUUCCUACACUGGAGCUGGGAGAUGAGCUGAUUUCUGCGAACGACGUGACGCAGCACAGCAGCAUGCAGAUUACGCUAGUUGCCACCUGGCAAGCAGCGAAUGAUAACACGUGCGGAUGA